AUGAUGAUGAUGAUACUUUCACAAAAAUUUCAAAAUGUUACUUUUAAUUUUAAUAAAAGGAAUAUAAUCAAAUCAUUCUUUACCAACACCACGAAAAGAUUAAAUCAAAAACAAACUUAUCGAAUAUUAUUUUUUGGUUCGGAUAAUUUUUCAGUGCCAUCAUUAAAAGCUUUAAUAAAUGAAUCAAAAAAUCCGGAUACUUUUGUAAAGUCCAUCGAAGCGGUAGUUCCACCCGAUAAAAAAACCGGUAGAGGUUACAAAGAGUUAGCAACAAGUCCCGUAAAAAAGUUCGCUAAAGAAUAUGACUUGAAAAUUCAUGAAGCGCCUUCAAAAUCAUUAGAAGGAUGGGAGGUUCCAAAAUCAAAUUUUGAUUUCGCCAUAGUGGUUUCAUUUGGAUAUUUCUUAACCCCUUCGAUUUUAGAAUCAUUUACUAAAGGCACAAUAAAUGUCCAUCCAUCAUUAUUACCAAAGUAUCGAGGAGCAUCACCAAUUCAAUACACGAUAUUAAAUAAUGAUAAAAUAACGGGAAUCACAAUCCAAGAAUUACAUCACGAAACAUUUGACGCAGGAAAAGUACUACGACAAAUUACGAUUGAUGUUCCCCCAAAUUCGACUUAUAAUACACUUGAAUCCCUUCUCGCAACAAAAGGAGCAGAAUUAUUAAUCGACACAUUAAAAAAUUUCGACUAUCAUAAAGACAACGCGAAAGAACAAGAUGCAUUAAAAAUUUCCAAAGCUCCAAAGAUUAGGAAAGAAAUGAGCGAGAUUAAAUGGUCACAUAUAUCUGCUCAACAAUUGGAUCAACUUGAUCGCGCUAUUUCUCAUCAGCAACAAUUAUUAUCCCAACAUGGUAAAACUCUUCGCCCUGGUACAAUACUAAUUCGCCAUCUUGAACAAUCAUCACCAGUGGCUUAUGUAGUAUGUGCCGGUAAUAGUUUUAUUACAUUUAACAGUGUUAAAGUUGAAGGGAAAAGAGAAGUUUCAAUAUUAGAUUGGAUUAACGGAUACCAAAUAAAAA